AAGUGAUACAAACAUUUACAACCAUGUCAAAUACCUGUUUUUGAAAUCUCACGUGGUAAAUGUCUGAUAAUUAACGUAUAAUGGGACCUUAAGAAUAUACAUGUUAAAACCACAUGUCACUUACCUUCAUUUUGUAUUUUCACAGAAAGACUUUUACCUUCACCAUUAACAAUCAAAUACAAUAGCCAUAUUUCAACAACAGCGUUACCAUGAAGAUCGAGAACCAUAAUCCACUUAUCUGCUAUAUGGAAAAGUCUGUUGAUGAAGACCCUGAAGUUUUCACAAGAUUCAAAACUACUCACUUCUCACAGUUAGGAUACUUUAUCGACUCUAUCAAUAGUAUAGCUGGAAACUUUGCAGACGACAAAACCUACUGGCAAAUAUUUAAUAAUUCAGUGCCUCUAACAGUUGGUGUUAGUACUUACAUUCCAAUGGAUGGAGACUUCGUGCUAUUCAAUUUUACUGUAUAUUCUAAUGACACUUAUUUGUGGAAAUAGAAGAAGUGUACCUCAGCAGCGACAGAUAUAUAUUCAAACGUUUUA